UAACAGAAUCAAACAGCAUCUGUCAGCAAACCUCGUGCAAAACUCCGGUCUACCCUUGCUGUGUGCCAUGUCGUCGCGACCUCGCGGAAUCCAAGACCAGAGCCAGGCCUGGGCAAAGCUUUAUGACAAGAAGGACAAAGAGGCCUUUCAAGUAGCAAAUCCAAAAGAGACCCUGCGCAAGAUGUACGACAAGCUGGUGGCUGCACUGAGAUAUUUUAGAUGUGAUGCUGCUGCUCGUCAAGCUUCAGAUCUGGAUGACAUGACGUACACAUGCUCAGCUAAUCAGCAUUCAUAUCAUUCAUCAGAUAUUUACCAUCCACAGAAGGGCCACCCUAGAUAGGUAAUUAAGUUGUUUUAGAGUUCAGCAAACCCGGAUUUAAUCAUGGUGGAUAUAUCUCCAGUAUUCUGCAGUUUUUUGGGAUUAUCGCCAUUUACCACCCAUGAUAUCUGUGAUUCACAAAUGUUGGCACCACAAGGAUGCCAUUUUGCACCAUUGGAAAAGGGCCGAAACAGUCUUGAGGUCACUCCAAAGCUGCAGAAGCAUGGAGCAACCGCUCCAUUACCCUUCGAGGCUAUGCAUGUAUAUACACACAUACAAAUGUACAAUAUCACAUAUAAUAUACCAAUAUACACGGGUGCA